GAGCAGCCCGGGUCCCACCCAGCGAUAGCCCGCUUCCAGCAGUGUUUUGCCAACUGCCGCGCCGACAAAACCGACAGUCCGCGAUGCUCAGUGCACCUGUUGAAGCUGAUCGGUGCAGGGGAUGUCGAUUCUGAUAGAAUCCUCGAUUUCGUGUCGACUUUAGCAGCGUUUCCCAGUCCUUCCCUGGAGAGUUUACGGAGUGUGCCUACAGUCAUCGUUUGAUUAAAGUGACAAGUCAUUUUAAGAGGUUGAUUGUCUACGGCGAAAAGACAGUGUGAAGCACGAGGACGGACGGAGCAGUGCAAGUGCGCGGGACCUUGAGAUUCUGUGAAAUUACUGCGAGAAAUAAUAUGGAAAACCGACACAGCCAAGUCGGUCAGUCUAAUAUACUUGUUCGAUAACUGGUCGACAGGAGAGCGCUAUUAUUCGAAUCAAUGAAAACAAUUCGUUCUCCUUCUAAACAAAGCCUUUAGAAUGCAGCUAUCGCUGACGAUUGUUUGUUCGUUAGCAUCGGGCAGUGGACGUCCACUUAAGGAAACACCCGUCUGUGUUCUACAUCCACAGCUGUCGGAAGCUCUCGGGCGUGGAAGUAGCGCGCAGUUGUGAUGUAAGCGACCGUAUUAGGGAAACGGUGGCCUCAACUGUAUCUGCAGCUGCCGGACGGAACCCUCCGCGGCGAUAAGUGGGGUCCCGGGUAUUUUGGUGGACUGUGACCCGGCGGAAUUAUAACGCGAUGAAGCGCGACGGCUCGUGCAGACAGCGCGGCGACGGCGCGAUGGGCGUGUGGAGCAGGACGCGUAAGGAGGGCCGGCUGCAGCUGCGCCUGGGCGCGCACCCCGCCAUCCGCAAGGUGCUGAUGCCGCUGCUGCGCUGGCGCGGCCGCCGCGUCGCACCCUCCAGGAGAAUCCAGGAGUUGGAUGGCGGGUUCUUCGAGAAGUUCGGCUCGCUGCUGAAGGAGCAGGCGGACCAGGAGGCGGCUGCGGACGAGCGCGCCCUGCAUGGCGGCUCCGGCGAUGGCGGCGCAGACGCUGGCCACGGUGCCGACGUGGAGGCGGGGGAGGACGACGCCGCUGCCGCCGCUGCCGGCGAGGGCGAUGGCGAUGGCGAGGCGGAGGAAGGCGCCCAGCCGCCGCCCACGGACUCAGACUCCGAGCCCGAAGAGACGGACAAGCAGCAGUUCAUCUCGGACGCCAUGGGCUGGAACAUAGAAGAACUUUACUCAGAAAUCCUCUAUGAACUGCUCCAUACUGUGGGUUCUGAUGUCACAAGUGAUGAAAGAGAUGCUCUGCUAAGUUAUUUGCAAGAAGCUUUCAAAUUAGAUAAUGAGAGACACUCCAAUCUUUUAGAGAGAGCGCAGUCAAAAGAGGCUCCAAACAUUUUACUAAAUGUUGAAGUAAUUGAAGCUAAAGAUUUAGCACCAAAGGAUGCAAAUGGUCUCUGUGACCCAUUUUGCACAUUGUACUUAAAUUCAGCCAACACUGCCCGCUACAAUACUUCAGUGAAGUCUGAAACACUGUCACCUGUUUGGGAAGAGCAUUUUUCUCUGCCAGUAGAAAAUCCAUCUGAAGAUAUUUUAUUUGUAGAAGUAUGGGAUUUUGAUCCUGCAGAGACAGUUAGAGAGAAAAUGAUGAAGAUUGGAGAAGUGAAAGGUGUGAAAGGACUACGUAAAUUAAUGAAAGAGAUAGCAGUGACAGCAUCAACAGGGAAACAUGAUAAUGAACUAGUUGGUAGUGUCCAGAUUCCAUUAAGGAAUAUUCCUUCCUCUGGACAAAUGUACUGGUGCAGCUUGGAAAGGAAAAAUAAAGGGAAAAAGCAGGGUGACAUAAAAAUUAAGUUAAGUUUUGGGGCUGAGAAGAAUCCAAUGGUAGCACUUCAGGAACACAGACAUUUAUUAAGAUUGUUACUACUACAUGAUUUAGAAGAAGCAAAGACUCAACCUUAUCAGUGGAAUGGUGCAUUCCAAGAGAAAGCGGAGACUAUUCUCACCCAGCAUGUAGUACAAUGUGGCUUAUCACCUGCAGAUGUGGCACUAGCUCAGUGGUCUGAGUUUAUAACUGUCCAUAUUGACAAUCACCUCAACUUUAGAUUAUUUGCAGUUGUUCUAGAGAAGCUCCUGAAACCAAUCCAAGGCGAAAUUAUAUCAGGAGAUAAUGCCAAAUUGUUCUGGGAUUCCACAAAGAAGUUAUUACCAUCUUGUCUCAAUGCUGUAAGAAAAAUACGUAAGCUGACUCCAAGUGAUAAGAACACAUUAAAUCAGUUAUCUUCUGUUCUUAGCAUUCUCUCAUUGUUAAAGGAAUUACAACCUCCUGAGGGUUUUGAACUUUUUCCUCAGUCUGUUUAUGGUUGGCUGAACUAUGAUGGUGAUGAGCCAAAUUGUGAUAUACAAGAGACAUUGAGACAAGCUGUUACACAGGGAGCUACUGACUGGUAUAAUCAUAUAAUGGACAAUAACAAGGUAAAUGAUUCUGAAGAAGAAGCUCAACUGAACCAUGUAAUUAAAAUUGUACAGCUUGUAAGGACAGAUCUUCAGAGAGCAAUUGAAUACCAUGAUAAAAUUUUCCAACAGACAAUCCACUUACCAUAUGCAAAGACACUGUACAAAUUGUAUGAAUCGAAAGUUUCAGAACUAGUUGGACCAGUUAUCAAAAAUGCGUGCAUGUGUUUGAAACCACUGAAAUUUGGCGAUAACAUGGAAGUUGUUGAAGGUGAUACUGAUCCCCUGAGUAUGGGCACCAAAUUGUUUGAGCUCUACUUGAUUCUCCAAAGGUUCUGUGUGAUGGGCAUAGGAUUAUGUCCUGCAGAUGCUGAUGAUUUUGAAAUAAAAAACUUUCAUCUGUGGUUCCAUCGAGGUGUUGCUCAGUGGCUUGAUAUAGCUUUAUACAAGGCGUUACAGAGGAUAAACAAGGCAGUGGAACUAGAUAAGUUGGAACCUGUUGAUAGCACUGUUAAAUACAGCUCAUCUGCUGUAGAUACUCUGGCAAUUUUUUAUCAGAUAAAAAUAUUCUGGAAGCAACUAAACUGGCCAGAUGUAGAAGGUUCUUACACUUUUGUUGCAAAAAUAAUUGAUGAUAUUUGUAAGUGCUCAGUCUAUUAUGCAGACAAAAUGGGCAAGAAAGUUGAAGGUCUUGGCGAAAUUCGGAAUGUGUAUGAAACAAAAUUUGAAGUCACAAAUGAGUGGUGUCUGGCAAUCAAUAACAUUGACUAUGUUAGACAGUCGAUAGUUCCUUUUGUGUCAGAACUGGGUAUGGAGGAAAUAAUCACAUCCCUUGCAAACUUCAGAAGUCAAACAGAAGCUGAACACUGCAGAGAAACAUUACAGUUAGUGAUUGACAAUGACGUUGAAACAGUAAGAAAUAAAAUUCUGGAGUUACUGGAAACAGUUGCUGAAAAGAUGACACCAUCAAUACACAGAUUUUUACUUGAAGGUGCAGAACUUUUACAUCAAGACAGCAAUACUUUGGACAGGUUAAUGAAAUACCUAGAUGAUAACCUAAUUACGCUUCAUUCACAAUUAAAUGAAGAUAAUUUUGAUAGAAUCCUUGCAAUUAUGUGGGAGAAUGUGUCUCACAUUAUGCUUGAUAUUGUGGAGAAUAAUCUAGAGAAAAGGAGGCCUCCAUCAUUUUUUGCAAAUCUACAUGAAACACUGAAUAUAUUGAUAGGUUUCUUCAGACAAGGAGCAGAGAGAAACACCUCCCCAGUUCUUCAGCAAAUAGAUUCAAUGUUGAAAUUACAUGGCAUGGAGACAUCUGAACUUAUACAUCAUUACCACUUAGAAAGGCUUGAAGAGCAAAAUGCCAUGGAGACACCACACUUUGGAUUACUUACUAUCAGAGCACAGUUUGUGGAAGACUUACUAAGAGUAGAAAUUAUGAAUGCUAGGAACCUUCGACCAAUGGAUUCAAAUGGUUCCUGUGACCCUUAUGUAAAGAUACACUUACUGCCAGAGGAAAAAUUUGGUAAUGUAACCAAGCCAAGAACAAAAACACACAAGAAAACAGUUUUUCCAUUAUAUGAUGAAACAUUUACUAUAAAUUUAACACCAGAGCAACAAGGAAUCAAAAAUGGUAUUGUACAUUUUGUGGUUAAAGAUCAAGACUUCAUUGGGGCAAAUCAGUUUAUCGGUGAAGCAUACAUUGCAUUUGCAGAUGUUCCACGUACUGACAUGACAAAAGGGCUUGAGGAACUGGAGCAGAUUCAUCUCAAGUUGAGCAGACCAACUCGAUUUGAGUCAAGAGUUCUGAGAGCUUUGGAGAACAGACAAGAAAAACUGGCAAAAGAUUUUAUUAAGAAGCAAAAGGCAAAGAUCAUUGACAACUAAAUUAUAAUCCAUCCAAAUCUUUAGGGCUGAAGUGGUAGCUACAUGUGAUAAAUGAACUUCAUUUGGUGGUGCCAUGAUAAACUGACGUACUGUAAAAACUUGUUCAUUUAUGAACUUUUUCGUGACUUUAUUGAAAGUCUUAUUUUGUACAAAUUUGUACCUUGAAUGUAUUUAAGAACUUUUGUAAAGACUGCAAUGUAUAUAUAUUUAUAACUAGAUAGAAUAAAUGUUACAGCAUUUUUUAAA